GAGCGCCAUCCAACUCACCUCGCCACCACACCGCCGCAACCACCACCACCACCAGCAGCACACACUCAGAAGCGAAGAUGUCCGGCCGCGGCAAGGGAGGGAAGGGCCUCGGCAAGGGCGGCGCCAAGCGCCACCGGAAGGUGCUGCGCGACAACAUCCAGGGCAUCACCAAGCCGGCGAUCCGCCGUCUUGCCCGCAGGGGCGGCGUGAAGCGCAUCUCGGGGCUCAUCUACGAGGAGACACGCGGCGUGCUCAAGAUCUUCCUGGAGAACGUCAUCCGCGACGCCGUCACCUACACCGAGCACGCCCGCCGCAAGACCGUCACCGCCAUGGACGUCGUCUACGCGCUCAAGCGUCAGGGGCGCACCCUCUACGGAUUCGGCGGCUGACCUGCGCCCGCUGCUCCAAUCUCCAAUCUCCAUCGACUCUGACUCUGCUAGCUGCUGUUCUGGUGCUAUGGUUUCGUUUCUGAGUGCGUGCGUUGUUGGUCCAUCGGUCUGUGUAGUUAGUGGAAGGCGAUGGAUCUGAAUGCAGUCAGUUCGUCAGAGUGCGUCUGUUGUUCUAUCGGUCUCUGUAGUCAGUUCCUCAGUGGAAGGCGAUGAAUAUGAAUGCAAUGGGGUCGUUGGUUCUUUCUA